AUGUAUCUUUUAUCCGUCAAUCUCUUAUUUAUCCUGAUGUAUGCACGCAUAAAUUCAAUUAAUCCGGAUUGUCGUUGUUAUUUAUUCACCAGUCAAUUGCACACCAAUGGAACAUUUAAAUCCCCAAACUACAACAUGAUUUAUGGAACAGUUGAACAGUAUGAAUGCAUAGUAUACACAUUCAAAGCUAAACCAGAUGAGAUUGUACAUAUAACAUUCACUAGUUUUUACUUAUCACGCCUUCUUCUACUUCAUCCUUCGAUUUCAUCUUCUAAACAAUAUCAUUAUCAACAACAUACAAAGAAAAAUUUAUGUUCAGAGUAUAUUAGAAUAUACGACAACUUGCAGGAAAAUGAGCUAGGCGCUGAUGAUCCAUACAGUUAUGAGUUAUGCGGUACACUGAAUGAAAUGGAACAACAACACUAUAUCUCAAAGAAGAAUAUCCUAAUUAUAGAAGCACGUCUAUCGACAACUGGUUCAACAAAUUCACAAUUUAACGGUUUCACUGGAAAAUUUAUUUUUGAACCUAAAAAUCGAUAUACAAGUGAUGGUCAACAUGUAACAGGAACAAUUUGUGAUCGUUUAAUUAAAAGUCCAUUUUAUGAAGAAAAGUCAAUACAAUCAAUAACAAAUCGAUCAAGUAAAUCAAAGUCUGGUCAUUUCUUUAGUCCUAAUUAUCCUGAAAAUUAUCCUUCAAAUAUAGUGUGUAAUUAUUAUUUAAUUGGUCAAUCGCAUGAACGUGUCAUCCUCAACUUGAUCAAUGUACAAAUACAAAAUGUAGUUAACAGGAGCAGUAAACUCUCCUCAUAUGGGGAUUAUUUGCAAAUAUCUGAAGCACAGAAAAGUCAGCUGCCAAUAAAGUCUCCCGGUGUAUCAUCCUCCAAAGUAUUUUCCACAUCAUCAUUAUCAGCAUUAAAUUCAUUUUAUCAUUCAGUCAAUGUACCGAUACUUCAACCAACUCAAAUUAUUCAACACAUAUCUGGUAAACUGGUCAACGAUGUACAAAUUAUCUCUAAAGGUCCAUAUAUGCUUGUUACAUUUAGUAGUAAUAAGGAUGAUAGACAAUCACAAGGUUUUGAGGCUAGAUAUCAUUUUGUACACAAAAAUCAAGUGAAACCGACAAUCACGAACAGUUUGAAUGUUAAAGGCUUACUCGUCAAUCGUGAAUUAUCGAGUAAUCGGCAUAUUGAUGACAAUGGGAAGAUGGAUUUCGCUUCUUCUGACAUAGCCACUGAAAAAAAUCCAUCAAUUCUUCAGGAAAAAUUUAUUCAAUGGGAUAAAGAUCCACCCAGUGGAAAAAUAUAUUCUCCAGGUUAUCCAGAAGUAUAUCCACCGAAUCAAAUAAAAGAUUAUGUGUUUGUAGCACCACAAUCUGGAAAAGUGCGCAUUACAGUUCAAACACUGCAAUUAGAUGCUGACAAGGCAAUAAACUGUAGAACUCAUCUUGGCGACAGAUUAGAAAUAUAUACCAACUUAAAUCAAACUACAAAUCCAUGGAUUGUAAUAUGUGGUGCAAAAAAAUUAUUGGAAUAUCAAUCUAUUGAAUCAUUCAAUGAAUUUCUUAUGCUACGUUUCAUAUCAGACAGUAUAGUGUCUAAUAUAGAAAAAGGCUUUGAAUUACAUUAUGAAUUUACCAAUUUCACGGAUACUGUCACAACCAAUGUUUCUCUGAAUACUGCGACUACUAGCAAGAAUAUAAGUAGUAUGAGCAAUUAUCGUGAUCAUCAAGAGUCUGUACAACUCGAAUCAAAUUUAAUGGAUGAUAACAGAUAUGAAUUACUUCAAAAUUUCAACAAUAUGCUAGACAGAUCAAGUACAACUGAUGGUCAAAGUCAAAUUAAUGAUAAAAAUCAAAAUUAUGAUGUACGCAUACAGUCGUCAUCUUUAAUAAAACCUGUCAAUGAAAUUAGCAUGGAUGUCACGGUGAAUAAUGAAAAGAAAACAUGUUCAUUCAUAAUUGAAGCUAAUGAUCAACAGCGGUCAUCAACAUUCCAAAGUUUUAAUUUAAAGGACACCUUAAUAAAGUAUCAUGAAUCACAUUAUCGUAAUGAUAAACACCAUGAAUCAUUGUUAUGUAAUUGGAUGUUAAUUGGUAAACGAAAUCAACGUGUUCAAAUUCGUUUGAUCUCUAUAAACUCUAUGGUAAAUGAAUAUUCUGAUCAAUCGAUAAGAAUCAGAAGGAAGAAUACUAAAGAGAAGCAGUCAGAAGAGUUUGACAUAUCAUCAACUGGACAUAGUACAGCUACAUCUCAGUUGAAUCAAAUAAAUUUUAAUCGUUUUAGUAGUACUGUCAGUGGAUCAAGUUAUAAUGGACCAAAAAUCAGAUGUGAUACUCCUUAUUUAAUCAAAAUAUUCAACUAUCGAAUCCAGUCUACUUCUAUAAAUCAACCAACAUUUUCUAAGAAUUAUUUAUUCCCAAGAAUCAAUCAUAAAUCUAAUGAAAAAUUCAAUAAUAAUAAUCAUAAUCAAUUUAUGAAUGGAUUAAAAUCAGAGGAACAAAUAACUAUCUGUUUAGGAUCAACACUGGAUAUUGAUUUAAACAGAGCUAUUUACAUGUCUGGUUAUAUACCACGCAUGAAUAUAUUACUCUAUAGGAUUAAUUAUACUAAUGUUGGACAGUAUAGUCGACCAAUCACAAGGCCCGCCUACUCACCGCCAUCCACAUCAUCAUCAUUAUCGUCGCUGUCAGCAUCACACUUAUCCACCCACAGUUAA